AUGUGGUCGCCGCUGUCCAUUCUCUUUGCUGCACUUGCACCUCUCCCUUCUGUGCUCGCCCUCGGCGGCCCAACCUGUCUCUCGUUCAAAUCUACCCAAUAUGCGAUUACCACCAAUAGCCAGGCCGCCACGAUAUGGAUCGACUCGUCUGACUGGCCUGGUGUGCAUCGUGCGGCCAUUGACCUACAAAAUGACCUUGAGAAGGUCACCGGAAAACGGCCCGUCAUCCUAAAUGUGACCAUGUCGGCCACUACAUCCAACUCCAACCUCGAUGCUGCUUCAAACACCAUCCCUAUCAUUAUCGGCACCGUCGGAAAGUCCAAUCUCGUCUCCUUCGCAUCACAGAGCAGCACAACGCUGAAGAACAAGGUUGCUGCCAUUCAAGGCAAGUGGGAAGCCGGAAUCUCGGAGGUUGUCAAGAACCCAAUGGCGGGAGUAACUGCCGGAUAUGUCAUCUUUGGUUCAGACAAGCGAGGCACGAUUUACGGCAUCUACGACUUCUUAGAGCAGGCGGGAGUUUCACCAUGGUACUGGUGGAGUGAUGUUCCGUACAAGAACCAUAGCGCCAUCUACGCGUUCCCAAAUGUUACUUGCUCCCAUGGCGAGCCAUCCGUCAAAUAUCGUGGAAUCUUCAUCAAUGACGAGCAGCCUGCAUUAACUGACUGGGUAAUCGAAAAGUUCUCGAACGGCACCGUAGCAAACAGGCCGCCUUUCAACAGAUUCAUGUAUUCCAAGGUCUUUGAACUACUGCUGAGACUCAAGGCAAACUACCUCUGGCCUGCAAUGUGGAACUCUGCAUUUGGGGUGGAUGAUCCCCUCAAUCAGUUUACCGCUGAUUAUUACGGAAUUGUCAUGGGAACUAGCCACCAAGAGCCCAUGUUGCGCUCGAGCCCAGUUGAAUGGAACCAAUUUGGAUCCGGUCAAUGGAACUGGGACGCCAACCAGGCAAACCUCGCCAAAUUCUGGACUGAUGGUGUGAAGCGCGGAGCACCAUAUGAAAGUAUCUACACCUUGGGCAUGCGAGGAACGGGAGACUUACCCGUCGAUGAAACCGGUAAUAUCGACCUUCUUCAGAGAGUUGUCGCUGCCCAAAGAGACAUUAUCUCGAACGUGUUUAACAAGAGUGCUAGUACCGUUCCUCAGAUGUGGUGUCUGUACAAGGAGGUGCAAGGCUACUAUCAACGCGGUAUGAGGGUUCCGGACGAUGUCAUUUUGCUCUGGACAGACGACAACUGGGGUAACAUUCGGCGACUCCCAGCUCAUGAUGAACGAAACCGUACUGGGGGUGCCGGUGUUUACUAUCAUUUUGAUUACGUCGGAAGCCCUCGUGACAACAAGUGGGGAUCGGCGCAUAAUCUCCCCAAGUUCCACCACCAGCUCGGUCUUGCCAAAAAAUACGGUGCCGAUAAGAUUUGGAUUGUUAACGUUGGAGACAUUAAGCCCCACGAAAUAUCCCUCGACUUCUUCAUGACUUAUGCCUGGAAUACCACAAUCUGGUCGAAGGACGACUUGGACAAGUACCGCAAGUCUUGGGCACUCAGAGAGUUCGGCUCAGAUUCGUUGGCUCCCACUAUUGCAGACCUCGUGAAACGAUUCAGUCACCUCAACAGCCGCGCCAAGGUCGAGCUUUACAAUUCAACAAUGUACAGCUUGACAAGCUACCGAGAGGCUGAAGGCGUCAUGGGAGAGUGGGAUGCUCUUGUCUCCUCCUCUAACCAAGUGUCGAGCCAACUUCCGGCAGUAUACCAACCUGCAUACUUCCAAUUGGUUCACCAUCCUAUCAUUGCUGGCAGAAACACACAGGCCUUGUAUAUUGACGCCGGCUAUAAUCAGCUCUACGCGAGCCAAGCACGUAGCCAGACAAAUCAGAAGGCAGAUGCUGUUGAAGCGAAUUUCGAGUACGACGAGGAUAUCCGCGAUCAGUAUCAUGGGUUACUGAAUGGGAAAUGGAACCACAUGAUGUCUCAGACCCAUCUUGGAUAUUUCUAUUGGCAGCAGCCCAUGCUCAAUAGCAUGCCCUCUAUCACUCGUGUUCAGAAGCGCCAAACCGCACUCCCUGGCCCGAUGAGGAUUACCGUGGAGGAUUCCAAGGGCGCGUGGCCAGGCGACAACUCGAACCAGUGCUCACAAGGCUACAAUUGCCCUCCACCGAAUGUUCCAGCACUCACACCCUAUUCACCAAUUCAGAAUCGCUACAUCGAAAUCUCUGCAGGAGGUCCGACACCAUACACUUGGACCGCCUCAUCUAAUGUUGGCUGGCUCAAGCUUAAUCAAACGUCUGGUAGUAUUCCCGACGCCUACGCCGGUCAACGAGUGCUUCUCUCCGUUAAUUGGAGCGCUGUGCCAGUAGGCACCUCCCCAACGGGUGUGGUCACUAUCAAAUCAAAUGGAGGCCAAUCCGUCACCGUCUCCAUGAUUGCCGAUUAUAAGACGGUGCCGUCAGGUUUCAGUGGCUUCGUCGAAAGUGGAGGCAUCGUUUCCAUCCAGACUGAGCACUAUUCGCGUUCUACAGCGGUUGGAGGUGUCUCUUGGGAAGUACUUCCGCAAUACGGUCGCAAUCUUUCGGCUGUCAGCCCUGCUAUCAGCGUCGAUGCACGAUGGGCACCUGGAGCGGGUCCAGUUCUCGAGUACGACUUCUAUACGUACAAUUCGGUCAACGGCAACAUCACAGUCACCGUUUAUUCGGCACCGACUCUCAACACAGCUCCUGGCUACCCAAUCACAUAUGCCAUCGCUGUCGACAACAAUACCCCUAUCACGGUCCAGCCAAUGCCAUUGGAGACCGACCGAGGAGAUUUGCCCAGCAUCUGGAGCGUCGUGGUCGCCGAGGAGGUUAUCCGCACUACGACAUCGCACAAAGCCGCACCAGGCAAGCACACAUUGAAGCUGUUUGCGACUGAGAUUGGCUUCGUGACCGAAAAGAUAGUCAUCGAGACCGUUUCUGGCUCGGUCGCAUAUAGCUAUCUGGGACCCCCAGAGAGUGUAAAGGUUUAG